AUGAACAAGGGUCAACAUCGCACGCCACGUCCCGAUGCUGGCACUGAAGAUUGUGUCGAGCGCUACGUCCUUGAGGAGCGUUGUUCGGGACGGGUUUCACUCCGUACCAGCCUAGCAGGCGACCCAUCGUCGCCAUGGCAGCUGGAUGUGGACUGGUGCGGCGAAGCGCGGCUGGAUCGAGUGUACCUCGAAUCGUUUCUCGAGGUCUUUGACUUUGCACGGACGCAGGCGGGGAAGCUGCUCGCCUUCCUACAGCGUCACCAGCCGCAUCUUCAGGUCGGCAGGGUCGGACUCGUAUACGAUGGCCUCGAGCCUCGCCUGCGCCUCGUCCCAAUGACUGGCAGCGACACACAGCACUGGCAAGCAGUUCUCGCCCCCGAGGAGCGCUACGGCGACGAGAAUCCCGACCACGUCGACAGCAAAUCUGGCCCAAGGAUGACUCGCGACGUGCUCGACGAGUGGAAACGACGACUCAGUCCUUACGAAGGCGCCGAAGACGACCUGACCUUCGAUGGCCCGGCCAGCGAUGACAACCUGUUUGCGAGAAUCGUCAGAGGAGAAGAGGAACAGUGGAGGGUCUAUCAGGAUCCCUCCUCCGUGGCCGUUCUCACACCCUUCCCCAAUGGCCCGCUCAAGACAGUUCUCGUCCCCCGCCACCAUGCUGCGUCCGACGUCCUCGGUCUCGACAGAGCCGAAUUCCUCGCCCUGCUCCGUUCCACUCACAGCGCAUUGCGCAUCUUUGAUCGAGUCGAUGCCAUUGGUGUCGCCAUCGUCAUGGAGGGCUUUGAGAUCGACUACGCCCACAUCAAGUUAACGCCGAGGUUCCAUGGCAACAAGUCUGAACGCUGCGCCUUCACGCAUUGCUAUUCGGGCUUCCUCACAAGCCAGCGAGGCCCAGACUUGGACGCAAAACAGGCGCUUGACUGCCAUCGUCUGCUCGUUCGAGUCUGGCCCCGAGACUAG